CAAAUUCACCAAGUCACAUUUUCAAGUGUUUUAUCUAACACUAAAACCUAGUGUUAGUGCUUUCCCAUUCUAAAGCAUAUAUGGCCGAUUCCCAAACGUACUUCCCCAUCUUUAUUCUAUGGCUUAUCUCCACCAUUUUCAUCCGGGUUUUCUUAAAACCCAGUCGUGCUAAAGCUCAAUCCCCGCCAACCCCCUUCGCCAUACCCAUCAUUGGCCAUCUCCACCUAAUCGGUCCAAUCCCUCAUCAAGGCUUUCACAAGCUUUCCCUCCGAUAUGGACCAGUUGUUCGCCUCUUUCUAGGCUCUCAGACAUGCUUUGUGGUUAGUUCACCAGAAACCGCAAAAGAAUUCCUUAAAAUCAAUGAAAAUUCCUAUUUAGAUCGACCACAUAAUUCAGCCGUGACUUACCUAACAUAUGGAAAUAAAGAUUUUUCUUUUGCCAAUUAUGGACCAUAUUGGAAGUUCAUGAAGAAGAUAAUCAUGUCAGAGCUGUUAAAUGUAUCAAAAGUUGACUUACGCCUUCAAGUAAGGAAAAACGAAGUUAAUCGUUUUAUGAAACAUAUUUCUCAAAAGGCCAAAGAGGGGAAGGCAAUAGAGAUGGGUGUGGAGCUGUCAAAGGUUAUAUACAAUGUGAUAAUAGAAACUGUUACGAGCACAAGAUUCUCGGAGAGUGAGGCUAGGGAAAUGAAGAAGUUGGUAGGGGAUAUAACUUGGAUUGAAGGAAGCUUCAACAUCUCGGACUACAUAUGGUUCUUUAAAAAUAUUGACUUGCAAGGAUUUGGGAAAAUAUUAAAGGAUAUACAUAGAAGAUAUGAUAUAUUCGUAGAGAAAAUCCUUAAAGAGCAUGAAGAGGCCAGAAAGUUGGACAAAACAUUAGAAGGGAAGGACUUGCUCCACAUAUUACUCGAUACAGCAGAAGAUAAAAGCCAGAAGAUACAUUUGACAAGAGAGAACAUCAAAGCCUUCAUUUUUAAUAUAUUUGUAGGAACAGAUACUACAUCACAAACCAUGGAAUGGGCAAUUUCAGAACUUAUCAAUCACCCAAAUGUAAUGAAAAAAGCAGCAGAUGAAAUAGAGAGAGUUGUUGGCAGAAACAGACUUCUUCAAGAAUCAGACAUACCAAACCUUCCAUACCUCCAGGCAAUUGUGAAUGAAUCUUGGCGCCUUCAUCCAGGCUCGGCAUUGAUUCCAAGACAAGCUUCAAAAGAUACUACAGUAGCAGGUUACCAUAUUCCAGCAAAUUCUACUAUUUAUGUCAACUCUUGGGCCCUGGGAAGAGACCCGAACUGUUGGGAAAACCCUCUUCAGUUCAUGCCCGAGAGAUACAAGCAUACCCAGUUAGACCCGAGAGGACAAGAUUUUGGCACGCUGACAUUUGGAACGGGGAAAAGGAUGUGUCCGGGGAUUUCACUCGCAUACCAGUUGGCACAUGUAACCCUCGGAACCAUGAUUCAAUGUUUUGAUUGGAAGGCAGGGAAAGAUGGGAAUCUUACAAGCGUUGAUAUGGAAGAGGGUGUCGGAAUCACACUUCCUAGAGCAACCCCUUUGGUUUGUGUACCUGUGGCUCGACUCAAUCCUCUACCGUUUUAACUAGUUUUUAAAUCUACGUGAACACACGUAAAGCCUAAAAUAAGUACUUUUAAAUCUAUGAAUAAUUAAAAGUAUUGCAUACUUAAAAAAAAAAAUAAAAAAAAUACUAUAUGCAUGAUCAAUGUUGUAUGUGUAUGAAUUUUCCACUUAAUAAGAAUUAUUCUUGUAUGGUAUACUCUUAAAAUAAAAA